GUAAGAUGAUUGUAAUUUUUACAGAAAAAAAUUAGAAAAGGAUGUUUACGACUUGUAGUACACAUUUAAUAAUCAACCAAUUGUAAUAAAUUGGUCUAGUUCACUGUAAAAAAUCAUUUUAAAAUUCCGCGUUACUCGAUACAGUUUUAUUUACAUUUUAUACUGUGUAACACGCUACUUAACAAAUGUUUGUUUUGAUAUCUUGGUACGGUUUUAUUCGGUAAAAAUGGAAGGAGGAGAGUGGAGAAAUAGCAUAAUUAGCCAAUUACAGGCCCGAAACAAGUAUCAAACUGCAGCCUUUCAAGAUGUUAUAACAUUUCAAAGCCGUCUAUUUGACAAUGUCAACACACUUAAGACUGAAAAUCUUCAGUUAACGUUGGUUAAUGAGAGGAUAAGGUUUUCAACAUCAGAAAAUGGUUUAUCAACUGCAGGUGGUGGCACCAACGAGAGGGUGCAAGCUUUAGAACAGAAGAUUCUGGUGCAGCAAGAAGAACUCACAAAUUUGCAUCGACGACGCGGCGAGAGCUCUCAGCAGAUUAUAAACCUAAAUGCUAAAGUUCACGACUUGGAGAAACAGCUGCAAGCAAAGGAUAUUGUUAUUUCAGAAAACACUGCCUUGAUAGCUUCUCUUCGUGCCGAGAUUCAACUUUAUGAAAACAACAUGACUGAAUUAGAAGGACUAAAUACUGUACUGAGAGACGAGCACCAAGCCUUACAAAUCGCGUUUGCAGCUAUAGAAGAGAAAUUGAGGAAAGCACAGGACGAAAAUCGGACGCUCGUUGAAAGACUCAUCAAAUACAAAUCAAAAGAUGCCGAUAAAAUGAACGAAGAGAACGAGCAUUUUCUCAAGUCAAGCCCUACCGCGUUUCUCAUCAACACGUUUGGUAGAGUUAGUUUCGGAAAAAAGAGCGACAGGGUACGGAGAGAGUUGGAAGAAGCGGCCAGAGAAGGUGGCAGUCGAGGCAGCAUCGGAUCGGCGGGGAGUUCGGCGGAAGAUAAACUCUUGGAUUCUAUGCCGUUUUAUGCCACAACUUUGCCGACCAAAGUUGCUUUACGAUUCGAGGCGCAUGAAGGAGAUGUGAAUGCGGUAAAGUGGAGCCCAACGGAACGAACGUUAGCAACAGGAGGAGCGGAUAGAAAAGUCAAAUUAUGGGACUUGUCGAAAAUGGGCACGGUGGAGAACAAAGGCACGCUAGUCGGCUCCAAUGCAGGGGUCAUGUCCGUCGACUUCGACUCUACCGGGGCGUACCUCGUGGGCGCUUCCAACGACUUCGCGAGCCGCGUGUGGACCGUCGCCGACCAGAGGCUAAGGCAUACGCUAACGGGUCACAGCGCCAAGGUGAUGGCCGCGAAGUUCCUGGGGGAGCCCACCAAAGUGAUCACCGGCAGCCACGAUCGGACACUCAAGAUAUGGGACCUAAGGAGUAAAAUGUGUACAGAAACAAAGUUCGCGGGAUCGUCGUGCAACGACCUGGUCACCUCGGACAGCGCCGGCUCCACGAUCAUUUCCGGCCACUUCGACAAGACGAUACGGUUUUGGGACAUACGCACCGAGAUGUCCGCCAACCACAUAGUACUCCAAGGAAAAAUCACCUCCCUUGACCUUAGUAGAGACAGCAAUUAUUUGCUGGCGUGCGUACGCGACGAUACAAUACAACUGAUCGACUUGCGACAGAACACUAUUGUCCGGACCUUCAGUCACGAGGCGUUCAAGGUGGGGUGCGACUGGUCGCGGGCGGCGUUCGGGCCGGCGGGGCGGCUGCUGGCGGUGGGGGCGGCUGACGGCGCCGCCUACGUGUGGAACACACAUUCGGGCAAGCUGGAAGCCACUCUGAAAGACCACUCGGCGGCGGUGACCGCUGUAUCCUGGCACCCCCAGUCGGGACUGCUGGCAUCCGUGGACCGCGGCAAGCGCGCUGUCAUCUGGGGCGACUUGUGACACGCCCUGGACGCUCCGUUACUCCCUCCUCCGGCUCAAAUGAACGAGAACUCCGCACUUCCCUCAGAAAGUGAGGCCGACAACACCGAAGUAUUCAACUUCUUUCGCGGCUUCACUACUGACAUAUUGCAUCGUUUCGCCUGAAAAGACAUCAGUGCACAUAUGUAGGUAUCCAAGAGGUCAUAGACUUUAUACUCUGGCAUGUCAGUCUGUGCCAGGAAACUAUCGACUGACAGUCAAUUUAAUAUAACA